ACGCCGCUUCUGUAGCACAGACGCCUCCCAUGGUUGAAACACCGGAGACGUUCGUUACGUCGCCCCGUUUAUUCGCCGUCGAACUUCGACCAAUCAGAUCAAGAGAGUGCCGGGCAACUGCGUUAGAUCUCGCGUUACUCGCGCUAAUGUGUUCACGCAUGCCCAGACCGCGUUUCUUUCAGUAAAUGAGUAAUGUUUUCAACAAUAGAACGUCCACAUGCACGGGUUUAUUGACUGUCACUGUCAUAUCUCUGCGGGGGAUUUUGACAAGGACAUAGAGGAGGUGAUAGAGAAUUCAAAAAAGGCCGGAUUGUUGGCACUUUUAGCCGUGGCAGAGCAUGUCGGGGAAUUUGAAAAGAUAAUUGCGCUGUCACAGAGGUUCCCAGGUUUUAUCUUCCCCUGCUUAGGAGUUCACCCUGUUCAAGAGGUUUCCCCAGAGCAUCAGAGGAGUGCUUCCCUCGAGGAUCUAGGUGCUGCUCUUCCUGUCAUAGAGAAAUACAAAGACCACCUUGUGGCUAUCGGGGAGGUUGGUUUGGAUUUUACACCCAGAUAUGUCAGCAAUGAGACCGAUAAAGAGAGCCAGAGGCAGGUCCUCAUUCGUCAAGCACAGAUAGCCAAAGAACUGGAUCUCCCUCUAAAUGUUCAUUCACGGUCCGCUGGAAGACCCACCAUACACCUCCUUAAAGAGCAAGGAGUUGAAAAAGCCCUGCUUCAUGCUUUUGAUGGGAAGCCAUCUGUUGCCAUGGAGGGAGUGAAAGCUGGAUAUUUCUUUUCUAUUCCACCCUCCAUAAUACGGAGUGAACAGAAGCAGAAACUUGUGAAACAGUUGCCAUUAGAGAACAUCUGUUUGGAAACUGAUUCACCUGCUCUGGGUCCAGAAAAGCAGGUGAGAAAUGAGCCCCAAAACAUCUCUAUCGCUGCUGAGUACAUCAGUAAGAUCAAAGGUGUGUCACUGGAAAAGGUGGUGGAGGUGACCACACAGAAUGCCCUCAGGCUCUUUUCUAAGCUAAAAUUGGCCAUCAAACCCUGACGGAGUCUGUUACCUUUGUGAUCUUUUUAAAUACCUUAAUGUGGACCUCUUGAUUAAAUCAAGCUGCCCUGAAGUAUAAAUAAAUAAAAGCAGGAUUGAGAAAAGUGAAA